GUCACACAUUUUUAUUUUAUUUUUUUUUAUAUUGAAAGUCGCAGCAACAUCUUUUUUUUUUUUCGUUUUUCAAUCUUUUUUUAACCAAUGUCUUCCAUUUAUUAUAAACUUCGAUCCGCGAAAGAAUCUGAUUACGAUGUAUUUACGUUUGAUGGACCUGGAGCCACUGUUUUUGAUUUAAAGCGUGAAAUCAUUCGUGCCAAAAAGUUUGGUAAAGGUACCGAAUUCGAUAUUGCCAUUUACAAUGCUCAAACCGAAGAAGAGUACAAGGACGAUGUCUUUGUGAUUCCUAGAAACACGUCGAUUAUCGUUCGACGUUUACCUGCUUCAAGGCCAGGUAAAGGCACAGCACAACGCUAUGUGUUGGGCGUGUUACCGACCGACGGCAAAGGACAAGGGUUCCAAAAGGCAGGUGCACCUCCACCUCCUACAGGCGCUCAAUUCAACCCUGGCAGAAACAUGGUCUUGAACGCAGCUCGACCUACACCCGCCAAACCCACUACAGUACAAGAGCCCAUUAAGAGCGAAACAGACGAUGGUCCCAAAGAUGAUUCAGAGGAAGCACGUAUUCAAGCAAUGUUUCAACAAACCACAGAUCAAUGGGGUGCCAUGCAAGAACGACUAGCAGAACAGCAAUAUAUCCCGUAUAAUGCUCGUGGGGGAAGCGAUGCUAGACGUGGAAGAGGUGGCUUUCAAGGAUCUCCUGGUGGUUUAACACAUUCCCAAGUCGCUGAUAACAAAGAUGGUGGCCAAAUGCCUCAACGUGUUCCUCCUGCCACUUAUGUUUGUUACCGUUGUGGUCAAAAAGGCCAUUAUAUCAACCAGUGUCCUACCAAUGGCGACAAAGACUAUGACAAACACCCUCGUAUCAAGCGUACCACGGGUAUCCCUCGUAGUUUCCUCAAGGUAAUUGAAGAACCCAAAGACGCAGUGAAAGCAGGUACAGGUGGAUUGAUGGUGACACCCAAGGGCGACAUUGUGGUUGCACAAGCGGACUCUUCCUCUUGGGACAAACAUGUUGCCAAAGCCGCUACGACCAUUGGAUUGGGUGUAGGAUCAGCUGGUGAUUUGAUGGAUUGGUAUGAUUCGAUUCCCGUACCCGAUUAUUUACAAUGUGCCGUAUGUAAGGGUCUCUUGAGAGAGGCAACUAUCACACCUUGUUGUGGUACUAGUUUUUGUGACGAAUGUAUUCGUGUCCAUCUGAUGGAUCAUGAUUUUGCCUGCUUCGAAUGUCAAAAAACCAUUCCACAUGGAUUGGAUGGUAUCAUUCCCAAUAUAGAUGUUCGUGAAUGUGUAGAAAACUAUGUACGCAAAUUUGCUCACAAUUAAAUUUUUAUAUAUGAAUAAAAGCACCCUUAU